CAGAUCGUACAUUCUGUGUUUAAUAUGUUGCAUAUUACAGAACACAAGAAAUGAAGAAAAUAGUUCAAGUCUGUGUGGGCCGAUCUUUACAGGCAGAAAGCGUAGUGACAUCGUUUGUGUUGACGUAAAGUGAGCCGCGCGUUCUCUCUGUCCCCUCCCUCUGCUGUUGUUAAAGAACAGUCUGGUUGGCUGAAACGGAGAAACGAGAAGUCUGAUUGGUUGAUGCAACAAAUCGAGCAGCGUGAUUGGCUUAGGCCUGGAAAAGAUGGUUUGGGAUCCUCGAUGUACAGGCCGCAGUAGUGCUACCGUUGGAAAAAUAAUGAUAAUAAAUUGCAACAGAUUCGAGGGGAUCCGAAACGCAUCAGCACAUUGAAGGCAGUCGGGCAAUAGACAUUCUCCUUCCUGAUGAGAGCUUCAGGUUUUCUUAAAAUUUGUGACACUUUCACGUGAAAGGAACUACUGUCAAAUGUGAAGUGCUGUAGAACUGUCACAGAUUAUGGAUCAAGGUGGAGGGAUCCUGGAGCUUCACAAGGACUUGAAGAUGCCCCAUACAAUGAUAAUGCCAGAUUUUGGCAUGAGUGGCAUAGCCCACCUUGAUGGUGAGCACAUUGUGGUGUCGGUGCCAGAGGCUGUGAUGGUGUCAGAUGUGGUGACAGAUGAAGAAGGCAUCAUGUUGGAGACUGCCCUAGAAGCUGAAGUUGUAGAAGAGCCUGACAUCUGUCAAGAGGACGUCAUCACCACAGAGGGAGUGAUCAUGUCGGAGUCGAUCCUUGGAGCUGAAGUGGCCAUCCAAGAGGCUCUGAGUGGCACUGCGGAUCUGAUUGAAGAAACCGUGCCUGAUCAGGUGUUUGUGGCUGAGCUCAUGUCACCUCACAUUCAAAGCCCACUGGACCACAACCUGGUGUCUGCAGAAGUCAUGGUGACAGACGCGGACACGGUCAUUGACUCGCACGACACCCUGCAGUCUGAUGUCACCAUUAAAGCAGAUGAUGAUGAGGAGGAUGUGAAAAGCACUUCAGAAGACUACCUUAUGAUUUCCUUGGAUGAAGUAGGGGGAAAGCUUGACAUUGAAGACACCUCUUUAAAGAUCAGUGCAGAUGUCGGCCAAGAUGAUGACGGCUCAAAGGAGGAUGAGUUCAGCUCGGAGGUCAUAAAAGUUUACAUCUUUAAAGCAGAUGGAGAUGAAGAUGUGGAAAUAGGCAGCACGGAGGUGGUAGAAGAGAGUGAUUUUCCUGGUAGGCACACUGUGAUGGAGUCAGUGGGUUCAGGAAGGCUGCCCAGAGAGAAGAUGGUCUACAUGGCUGUAAAGGAUGCCAACCAAGAAGAUGAUUUAAACUGUUCGGAGAUGACUGACCAGGUGUAUAUGGAGGUCAUUGUUGGGGAAGAAGAGGCUCCUGCUAUCACAGAAGCUCAGAUGGAGGACUCACCAGUUAACAAGACCAUUGUUCCUGCAGCCUGGGCAACUGCUUAUGGAAGCAGUCUAGAAAGUAAGAAUGGUGCUGCCACUCCCUACCUGCAGAUCACUGACAGCAUCAGCACAAGCCGAGCACUUAAGCAAAAGAUUAAGAAGAGAAGGCGAGGAGAGACACGCCAGUGUCAGACAGGUAUGAGCUUCUCUGUAAUCAUUGGUCCUGAUGGGCAGCCACUGACUGUAUACCCCUGUCACAUCUGUGGCAAGAAAUUCAAAUCACGGGGUUUCCUGAAACGGCACAUGAAGAAUCAUCCGGACCACAUGUUCAAGAAGAAGUACCAGUGCACCGAUUGUGAAUUCACCACCAACAAGAAGGUGAGUUUCCACAACCAUCUGGAAAGCCACAAGCUCAUCAUCAAGAAUGAAAAGAUCCCUGAGUACACGGAGUACACUCGCCGAUAUCAUGAGGCCAGCCCGCUCAGCUCCAACAAGCUCAUUCUGCGAGACAAAGAGCCCAAGCUGCACAAAUGCAAGUAUUGCGAGUAUGAGACUGCCGAGCAGGGUCUUUUGAACCGCCAUCUUCUGGCCGUGCACAGUAAAAACUUUGCACAUGUCUGCGUAGAGUGCGCUAAGGGUUUCCGCCACCCCUCUGAGCUUAAGAAGCACAUGCGGACUCACACGGGAGAGAAACCUUUCCAUUGCCAGCACUGCGAGUUCUCUUGUGCCGACCAGUCCAAUUUAAAGACUCAUAUAAAGAGCAAACAUGGGACAGACCUGCCCUUUAAGUGUGGCCAUUGCCCACAGGCGUUUGCGGAUGACAAGGAGCUCCAAAGGCAUGCUGAGAUAUUCCAGGGUCAUAAGACUCACCAGUGUCCCCAUUGUGAACAUAAAAGCACCAAUUCCAGUGAUUUGAAACGUCACAUAAUCUCAGUACACACUAAAGACUUUCCGCACAAGUGCGACGUGUGUGAAAAAGGCUUUCACAGACCCUCUGAACUGAAAAAACAUUCGGAAACCCACAAGGGGAAUAAAGUACACCAGUGCCGGCACUGUGAUUUUAAGACGUUGGACCCCUUCACACUAAGCCGCCAUAUUCUUUCUGUUCAUACUAAGGACUUGCCGUUUAAAUGCAAGCGCUGCAAGCGAGGUUUUAGGCAUCAGAACGAACUUAAAAAACACAUGAAAACACACAGUGGCCGCAAGGUUUACCAAUGCCAAUAUUGCGAGUACAACACUACAGAUGCUUCAGGUUUCAAAAGGCAUGUCAUAUCAAUCCACACUAAAGACUAUCCCCACAGGUGCGAUUACUGCAAGAAGGGUUUCAGGCGGCCAUCAGAAAAGAACCAACAUAUCAUGCGACAUCACAAGGAAACCCUGUUAUAACGAUCUUUAAACUACAAGACAAGAUCUGACGCUGUCAUUUACAUGGUAAAAUUGAAAAAAUUCCUUAUUUAAUGGUCUGCUAAUAUGUAAAAAACAUAAAUCAAAUUUGAGGCGGGUAUAAGUGGUUAACAGUAUGGUCAUGUCUGUUUUUGUUUUGUCUGCAUAGAAAAAGUUAGGAAAAUGCUCAUUCUCCAGUGCCUAUAUUUUCUACCCACUUUGAUUCAAUUCAGUAAGCAAAUACUAAUCCUCAACAACGUUUGCCCUACAAUAAAAAUUGUCAUUAUUUACUUGCCCUUGUGUUGUGCCAAACAAUGACUUUUAUAUUGAGAUAGCAUAAAAGCAGUGCCACAUAAAACUUGUGCUGCUUUAUUUCAUUGCAGCUUAGCAUCAGAAAGGCUAAAACCGCAACAUAAAGGCAUCAUAAACUUAAGCUUUUCUAUUUUGUGCACAUGUUGGCAAAUGUUUGAAAGCCGGAUAAAAAUAUUCAAAUAAUUAUGUGUAGCAUAGAAAACGGUUUGAAAUAACUCAAGGGUGAGUAAACGAUGAUCAAGUUUAACAAUAGGUGUCAUGAUAGAUGCCAUAUUGAAUUGUACACGGAUGUAAAUUAGGCUAGACUCACUGCACAAUGUAAAGAUCCUACAUCACUCCUCAACUUUACAAUUCACAUUACACAAGGUUUAUGUUCUUGCAAACGAAUAUUUUAAAAAUAUGUUUUGUCAGCUGAGCAUUUGGCAUUUUGUCAAACAUCCGCACGAUCCACUUAACUAGGCUUUUUUUUACAUCAUUUUAUGAAUUAAAUGUGCUGUUUGCUAGUUUUUUUUUCUUUUGGCCGAGGACAAUAAAUAAUUCAGUUAUCUAUGGUAUGUUUAACCAUUAUGAUGUUAAUUUAAACAACUCUUGUAGUUAUCAGAAAUUGUGCUGUUUAAACCAGUAUGUUUUUUGAGGACUUUCAUACCAUUUGCUCCUUGCGAUCCUGGUGUCUUGAUUGAUUCUUCACAUAUCACUCUGUGUUGUUAACUUUGUGAAUACUGUUGCACAUUUUAGUGUAUAUGUACAAUGAAAUGUUAACAAUGCGAUGAACAUGCACAUACUGCCAAUUAUUUAGAAUCUCUUGAGUCAUGCCUUACAUCUGUUUUUGCACUGAAUUCAGCAAGUAUAAAUCACUUGUGAAUAUUUUAACAAGUUUCAGUUAUGCUACGAUAGACGUAUACAUUAACAAAUGCAAAUCAACAAAAGAGCUUUUACAACUUUUGCUUUUAUAAUGUCGCUACUUUGUUGAUCAUUUUUGGUGGGUGGGCAAAUAUUCACAUCCCAAAGAAGCCAUUCCCCUUCCAGAAGUAUUUGUGCGGGGAAAAAAACUCAGUGCUUAACAGGCAUGUCUUUAUAUACCAGUGACUGGCAUAGCUGUUGACUUCUUAUAUGUCUGUAGUUAACAGCAGUACCCUGCAACUAUAGUGCAGUAAACCAUACAUGGUGAAUUUUAUUAAUAAGAAGAGGUGAAGAGAGUCGGUUUUAAUCUAUUUUAUUGUCAGACACCCAAAUGUAGUAGUCACUCUAAUGGAUAAAAAAAGUACUAAACGCGUCACUGUUUUUUUUCUCAGAACACUUUUUAUAAUGUGCUGUGGAUUUUCACCAGAUGUCAGUAAACAACCCAAAGUAAUCAACAAAACUACUUGCUUUUGAAAUUAAGUGAUGUGUAAUCAAAUUAAAUGACACAGAAAAAAAGUAUUGAACACACAAAGAAAGGAUGGGGUAGAAAGGCAUGGAAAGGCCAGACAGCAGCGGAAAUCUCACAGCCAAAGAAACUCUUAGCUGGUUUCAGACAAAGAAAAUAAAGCUGCUAGGAAUGGCCCAGACAACCACUUGACCUGAAUUCAAUCGAAAAUAAGAGCUAAAGAUUAGAGUUGAUAGACAAGAACCACAGAACUGUCAAGAUUUGAAGAAUGUUAAUGUAUCGGGGGGGAAAUCACACCUGAUCAAUGCCUGUAACUCCAUUCUCCAUUCAAGAGUAAUCUGGAAUCUGUCAUCACUUUUAUACAAAGUAUUAAAAUACAUUUAAGUUGUUCAGUACUUUUUCCUUAAGUUAUUUCAUUGUUAUUGCACAUGACAUAAUUUCAGAAUGAAAAAACUAAAUUUUGGGUAUUGUUCGGGGUUUUACUGAAAUCUGGUACAAUUGCACCUCAGCAGCACCUUUAGAAUAUGUAUGUUUACAAGAAAAAUUGGGACUGAUCAAUACUUAUUUUAACUCCUGUAUGUAAAACAUAAGCUCUGUCUCAUAAGAACAUGUUUUAAGAUUGCAACAAUAGAGGAUUGAAAUCUUCAGUUCUGAACAAUACGUUCUGUUUCUUGAAAUUACAGAACACCCCUUCUAACAAUUGACAUCAUGACAGAAAUAUUGCAAUUUCAGUAUCAAAUGGAUGUUGCAAAUCUAACCUUUAUUAUUAUUAUUAUUAUUGUGAUGGCCAUCCUUUGUUCACAAUUGAAUCAGUUGUAUUAGGUUAAUGCUGUGAAACAAAACUGUUUAAUUGAUUAUGUAAUCAUAACUUUUAGGCGUAGUUACAGACUUCAUUAAGUGAGACCUGUAAACUGGAGAGAUAAAGCAAUUUAAAAAAUUGUUAAUAUGCUUAAAUUAUGAAUUAGGCCUAUUACUUUUGUGGCUUUUUGAAUAAUUCCAACCUUAGUUCAAAACUCACCUGCACAUGCAGUUGUUUGGCAGAUGCCUAGUGUUGAAAAUUAUGUGAGCAGUACAGAUAUUGCAGUGUUUGUUAAUGUUGUGAUUGGGUACUUGCAUAAUCCAUGAAAAUAAAAUUAAUGCAUUUCCUUGACUUUCUUUUUGCUAUUGGCAACCAAUGGACUACUGGUGAGGCGGUAAUACAUCUUUAGUUUUGUUUUAAUUGAUUAAUGUAUUUAUGUAUUUGCUUUAGAAUUGUUUUGCACUCUGGUGUUUUAUUGACAUUCAGCAAAUGGCACUUUUCAGAUGUAUGAAAAAUAAAAACAAUGAAAAUUGAA